AUGUGCUUUACCACCGACCAGUUCCCGGAGCAGGCUUCCGACCUUCUCCUCGUCAACAAAAUCAACCACUCCCUCGGCUUGGAGAAGGAGCGUCUCUACGUGGGCCUCUAUGUCCGCGGCAGCGCCCCAAAAAUGCCCCGAGGAGAAGACGAGUACCACUGGGCCUUUCUUGCCGGCCCCAAGCAGCAUCCCAAAUCUGGAAGCAGGCACAUCAUGUACCACGCAAAGGAAAGGUUGGUCAUGUCGGGCAACCCGCCGCAGCUCAGGCCGGAAUGGCAGUACGUCAACGACUCGGACCGAGCAGCCAUGCUCCUCGUCCGCAUCGUCGUGGGCAAAAUCAUGGAUCGCGACCACCUCGAGCAAAUCUUGCGCAAUGUCCCGCUGCGAACAGACGACCCGGACUGGAACUGCGUGCUCUGGAUGGAGGAUGCUUUCCAAAGGGUCUUGGACGACGGCCAGGCCCUUGCCUCGAGUGUCAGGGAUUGGGAAUCUGUCCGUUGCAAGGCCAUGUGGUACGUCAGUCACAAGAAAGCGGCUCACCGGUUUGACGGCAAAGACAGCAACAUUGUCUUGGACCCCAUGAAACCGGCGACGUGGGACAUGCUCCGAAACAUGGAGGUGACACCAUAG